AUGACGUGGGAUGGGAUGUUAAGAGGUUGGCGCUUGCCUUGAUCAAACGUGAGAUCACUUAGAAAAGCACGAAAUAAGUGACCGGAGCAAGUCCAGCACGCAUAGGGAAAGACAACCAAUCCAGAGGCUAAUGAGGGAAUCUAUCGCAGCUGUCCACGUCACGAGAAUGUGUGUGGCCCUGAGACUGUUUUUUUACAUCGGCCUGAUUUCUCCAUCCGCUUUGAUUUUAGCUUCGACCUACAAUGAUUCUGCUCGUCUUUAUGCGGACAUACUCAAACCGUUCGACAUCAGAAUACGACCUUUGAAGAAUCAGUCAGAACCCAUCACCGUUUACUUCCAAAUGUUCCUUCUCAAUAUAUUGAACAUCGACGAAGUCACACAGCAGGUCGACUUAAACGCAUGGAUCAACUUCUCGUGGGUGGAUGAGCUUCGGACCUGGGACCCCAGCGACUAUGAUAGGGUAUCUUUGAUUCAUCCCAUGCCACUGGACACUUGGAGGCCUCGGAUUCUCGUGUCCAACUCAGUGGCCAAACGAGACUUGUUCGAGGAUGACUACACUCCGCUCUACAUUUCGUCUGAUGGUAGGUCAAAGUGGUUUCCCGGAACAAUCUUUUCCAUUUCCUGUGAUAUUGACAUCCGGCAUUAUCCUUUCGACAGUCAGACGUGUACUAUGUACAUAAUGACGCAAGACUUCGCUACAAAUAUCAACUUUUAUCCAGACCCAUCGACAGUGAUGACCGGCAACUUCAAGCGGAACGGAGAGUGGGACCUGAUGAGCACACAAGUCAUAACAUCAACGCCCACGUUUUCCAAUGCGGCCUUCUCCCGUCUGGAGAUAAGCAUGGUUCUAAAGCGUAAGCCAGUGUUUUUCGUGGUCAAUACUUUGGUUCCAACAAUGUUCAUAUCGGCUAUCUCCUCUAUCGUGUUUAUUCUCCCGGAAGACAGCGGCGAGCGGGCGUCCUUUGCGAUCACAAUGUUGCUGUCGUUGUCUGUGUUUUUGAGCACGGUGUCUAGUCAGCUCCCACAGAACUCUGAAAAUUUCCCCAUUAUCAUCAGUUACCUGUUUUCUUUGCUAGUUCUCAACGGCACCACUGUUUUCGUCACCGUCUUACACCUGCGGUGUCGCCAGAAGAAAAAGGAGUCAACUCCAAAAUCUACCGGAAAAGAAGCACGCCAUGUCGGCCCUGUGCUGUCUGCUAGACGCAAAAGACACUUCCAUAACGUCAGUAUACAACCGAUAUGGGGGAGCGGAGAGAAGCAGCUGGCGGCCAUUCCUGGUGAGGCCAAUGUUGGCCAAUCUUUUCAAAAACAGGACAUUGCACAAAGGAAGAAUUCUCUAAUUUCAGAUGGCGAUGUGACUCUGGCAAGGGAGACAACAACUGAUCACUCCAAACAGAGGAAUAACUCUCAUGGAAACUCAGUUGUGAUGGCGUACCUUAAAGAUCCCAAUGUACUGCUCUUUGUCUUUAUCAAUACUGCGUGGCUGAUCUUAACUACUUACUUUUUAGUUGAGUUGAUAAGUCCCUAAAACUGAAGCUUUUUAUGAAGUCAACCCCAGGAACUCCGAUAGCUGUAAAUGAUUAUCAACACAAUUUUGAUCAUUUAGAGGUUUGCUGUUUGAUUUUGUCGACCAGACCCAUCCCUGGCUGAAUGGGAUAAAGCAUUCAAGUAGAAAGUUAUAAAAUACAGUUGAAUUUGUCAGACACGAUCAUGAACUGUUGAGGAGAAUGGUCGUUUCAGACAAGUGAUAAAACAGUGCUAUUAUAAUUAUAUAGAUAAAAGAAGCGCAAGGAGAAAAGUGGGAAGUACGUGUAUAGUUGAUUGUCUCGGACAGGUGGUGUGGUCAUUAAACAGGUUCAACUGAAUCCUUCCCCAAGCAGGAAUAGAAUUCACGUCUUUUGCUGAUCCAAUGACCAAGAGUCUAAUCCGAAAGCCGUCCCGUCAGUCUUCAAUACUGAUCACUAUAAUAUUAUGAAAAAAAAAUAAAUCCCGAACUGACAAACCGUGGUAAACCUUCAUUAGGUCAUCCCCUAGUCGGUUGCUACGUUUUACUUUUCUGUCUAGUUCCAUACCUUCUAGUUGAGAGAAGAAACCAGUCUGGUUUUUUAUACAAUGGGGAACAUUCUGAAGUAAUUUUUGUCGCAAACCUUUGGAACUUUUAUUGGUAUCCUUAACUAAAUGAGUAGUGCUCGAAAGUCACUACAAUAUGUUCAUAGUAUUCAUGUGUAUGUUAAAGUUUAAACCUCUUGUGAAUGGGCCCCAUGUAGGCAACGUCUCUUCCUGUCCUUAUGGAGUUUGUAUCAGAACAUCUUCGAGAAGAAGUUGGGAUUGUGUUGGAGCAAAAAAACCAAGUCCAGCUUGUUGAGGCUUAUUUUGCCGAGAGUACGCCUUUCUUUCUUUCUUUCUUUCUUUCGUUCGUUCGUUCGUUCGUUCGUUCGUUCGUUCUUUCUUUUUUGCUAAACGUCAUCCGUCCACUGCAGGAUAAUAUAGCAUUUCUUUCAUUCUGUAUUUCUUUCUUUCUGUCUGUCUUUCUGUCUUUCUUUCUUCCUUUCCGAGUGUUAUCCGUCCACUGCAGGGUGUAACCCUCCAACAACGACCUCUAUUCUGUUCUUCUAUCAGCUGUUUUCGGUGUCCAAGUUGUUCCCGUCAGCUCUCUGAUGCCGUCUAGUCCCCUUCUUUUUGGUCUUCCUCUUGGAUCUUUUUCCCUGUUCGUGGUCUUCAUUUAGUUCAUCUUUUAGUCCAUCUGUUGUCUUUCACUCUGCCGAUGUGGCCAGCCCAUUUUCACUUUUUGUCGGAGUAUACAUAUUUGGUAUCUGCCACUCCAGUAGGCCUACGUCGGCCUUACGGGUUAAAAAUUCAAAAGUGGCGAUUCCGAGACAAAGAGACCAUGAAACAAAACAAACGCGCGCACACACACACACACACACACACACACACACACACACAAAACAAAAACCCCUCAAUAAAUUAAAAAAUAAAUCACAAAUUUUAUACGAUGGGAAGUGUUUUUUAUUCUAAUCCUCAGUUAUUAAUGGAAGAAAAAAUAAUUAUGUCUCCGCUAAAUCAGCCAAUGAGCAGAAGUAAUGAAGACAGAUGCAGGAACUCUGGUAGUUGGUAAUGACGAAGGUUACACUCAUACUGUUACUAUAACGAUAUCGGAUUAGACCCGCACGCAUGGUCACGGAAAAGAAGAGAUACCACGUAAUAAAACAAUUUCAUGAAACAAAACCCAA